AUGGCAUCAGUUUAUAAGCUCAUAAUUAUUGUUGGAUUCAUAUCAUUGUUUCAUGCUGCCUUUUCAGCCGCUCAACAUCGUUCAUAUCUGCGUAUAUCAUCACUGGAGUUCACAACGUUGCCUUUAGAUAUCGUGAUACAAGCAGUACUUAGUCUAUUUGCUGUGAUGUGGGGCGUACUGAAUGUGUCCGGCCAGCUUCGUGAAAUACCAGCUGCUGCUAAAUUGAAUCUGAUUAAAUGGGACAACCAGAUGAAUAUAAGCUCGUUUUAUAGUUUCAAUCACAGGGGCAGGGGUUUAGCAUACAACUAUGGUGCAGAUCCAUGUAAAGAUGUCAUGGAAAAUUUAGAAUAA